CACACCUACCAUCAUUGACAUGGAAGUAUUACUACAAGCGCUGAAUAAUCUUUCAGCUAAGAUAGAUCAGGGACAGGCUGAGCUUUCAGCUAGGAUAAACCAAAUGCAGGGUAACGUAAAUAACGUACAGGAAUGUAUUGAAAUGCGUUUGUCAGAGCAGAAAGAAGCACUAGAGCGGUUAACUGAACAGGUAGCACAAGGUCAUUCUAGAAUAAAUGAUCUGGAGUCUAGUACAACAGCUUUACUAGUUACGGCCCGGGAAGAACGUCAACGAAUCCAGGAUCAGUGUGUUCGCAAUCAUACUGUACUUAGGGAAGAAAUGCACGGACAGACUGAACAGUUACAGUUGCGUCUCGAACAAGUAGAAGAGGCUACCGCAACCUUAUCUAUUCGGAUCGAUACACUGAGUGACGAGUGUACGCAGGUAGCAGAGAAGGCGGCUGACUGUCACACGGUACAGCUGUGCCAGCGCGUCGAAAGUCAAUUGAAUAACCAGUUCAGUGUUCAACAACACCUGGAAAGUCAAGUGAAGGAGCUGGAGCGGCGGUUUCAGGGAUUAGACACAGACCAGUUCCCUAGAUUACCCACACAACCGAGUGACAAUCCAGUACACAGCAACAGGGGCGCUAACGGACCAGCAGAGUCACUAGUUACACAAACAUCUAAGCGAUCCGUGCUGAAUGCUACCGUGGGCGGUCUUACCAUCGAUCAGGCUGCACUACUACACCACCCAGCUAGGCAGUGGAGUGAAUCUAUGCCAACCUUUACGGGCAAGGCAACAGAAAACCCCAUACGAUUCCUAAAUAAAUUUGAGGAAUAUGCCCGUACAUUCGGUCUUAACGACACCGAAAAACUUAAAUGUUUAGGCUCUGCGCUCAGAGGAAAUGCGUUCUACUGGUAUGAAAUGUUACAAACAACUACCACGUCAUACCAGCAAUUCAUCGACAUGUUCAGGCAACAAUACUGGAGUCUGAGGACGCAAGGCAACUUGAGGGCCCAAUUACACACUGAGCGAUAUGACCCCAAGAAGGGCAUGUCAUUAGAAGCCCACAUUUCUAGUAUGUAUGAGAGGACUCGUUAUCUAGAUUUGGUUAUGUCUGAUGACGAAUUUAUAGCGACGGUGCUUACUCAGCUCCCGCUAAAAUACCAAAUCCAGCUAGCUGGUAGAACAUAUGGUGAGGUCGGGGAGUUUAGAGAACAACUGUUGAUGUUUGAUAAAUUGGAGAGACUCAACCGCAGUCAGACGUCACGGGAGGAAACAGAGCGCAGUAACGCUUAUCAGAAGCAUGUGCCUAUGCACAAUACAUGGCAGAACCGGGACGUCAAAACAAAGGACGACAGGCGAGCUUCCGUAAACUACAUGAAUUGGCAAUACCAAGAUGAGAAUCCCUAUCACAAACAAUUUUUUAAGGGACAAUAUCAAGGUAAACACCAGAAAAGACGUUCUAUGCCUUACAGGAAAAAAACAUGGUGGUCCAGCAACAGGAAUCACAGCAGCGACCAUGAGGGCGAACGACGGGAUCAAUUUGAAAGCAAGAAGGGAAACAACAGACGCUCACCAUCCCCGGAGCUACGGACACACAGGGAAUCCGACAGAAGGAGGCGCGCCUACUCGGAAGACGAAUACGAUGACCAUCGCAAGUAUUUCCAGACGUCCGAGCAGCAGAGAUCCUAUCGUGCAGAGUACCGACUGCCAAGUCAGUCCCCUACUGAGCAAGACCGACAGCGCAGUACGCACUCAGCGGAAAACAACUCUGUCAAUAAACCACCUUCCACUUCAUUCCCUCCACCGUUCACCACACCACUGCAGCAACAGCAGCAGCUCAGUUACUUCGCUAGAAAUGAGCCAAUUAACCCGAUUGCGGCCAGCUUCCAGCCGACAGUACACAACACAGCCAACGGCGGUGUCUGGGUACCUACAACUGCAGCUACUUCCGCAACGAUUAGGAAUUAACCCCGAUUACCUACCGAAAUACGCAACGAACACAGAAUGAAGAUGAUUUACCUACUAAAGAGGAGGUUCAGCAAUUCGUACAACAGAAAUUAUCAUCCGAAGCUGCGGCAAGACAGAGGAAGAGGACUGCGUCCAAAAGAAAA